AGCAGUGUUUGUCAGCACUGCGGGUCGGAAGAGGUUCACUCGAUUCUGCAAAUGAGAGAACUGAGUGAAAAAAUAGCGUAGCGUACGCAUAAAAUCCCACUUUAUGCGCGAUUUGAUUUGUAUUUCGUUUGCAACCUAUCUGUGUUAGUGAAAAGUCUAAACCGUUAGCAGCGAUCUGGUGUAGUAAAAAGCUUGCUACGUUUAAACUAGCUUAGCUUAGUUUAGCUUAGCUUAUUUACCUACGUUGUCGUUACCAGGCUGGCGUUACUGGCUAGCUGUUGUCCUCGUGGAGACAAUUUUUAAAUCUGAACAAAACGCAGCUUGGACUCAUCUUGGAGUAAACAAGGAACCCGCAUAUACAGGAACCACAAAAGGGGGUGGUUGGAGUACUGCUUCUGACCUGCAGCUUUGCUGUGUAGCACAGAGGAAUGAGUUAUGACCUCUGUCGUGGUAAUAGAUGGUGGGGGGAACAUACUGGAGUAUGUCACCGGAGAAGAGGAAGCACAGCAGGAGGUGUGUUCUGAUGUGGCAGUACCUGGGGAGGAUGCGGAGUGUCCCGCAGUCAUAGUGGAGCAAGUGAACAGUGCAGAGGUGGAGCAGUGCUACGCUGCUCAGGUGCUCGUCUGUGAUGAUGAGAACACCUACCUCAUGCAGGAUGUUGCUGAGGAGCAGGUGGUGGAGACAGAACUGCAAGACGUCGGAACAGUGGAGGUCUCGGUUCAAGACAAGACCAUUGAGGCGGCCGAAGCACUCCUACAUAUGGACUCUCCAGCCAGCCUGCAUGGUGACCACAGCCCAGAGGAGUUUCUGUCAGAGGUGGAGGUUAGUACUGAGGACAUUGCACCAGUUGAGGAGGAUUCCGUGACCACAUUGCAGCAAGCAGACCUGCAAAAAAGAAAAAGAGGUCGGAAAUCCAAAAUGCCACGAGAGUGCUGCGAUGGCUCCCUGGAUCUUAUUUACAAGAGGAAAUCAAAAGAGAGCAGGGGCACCACCACAUACCUGUGGGAGUUUCUGCUGGACCUCCUGCAGGAUAAGGAAACCUGCCCUAAGUACAUCAAAUGGACAGAGAAAGAGAAGGGCAUAUUCAAGCUGGUGGACUCAAAAGCUGUAUCCAAACUAUGGGGCAAGCAUAAGAAUAAACCGGACAUGAACUAUGAGACUAUGGGAAGAGCCCUCAGGUAUUACUACCAGCGUGGUAUUCUUUCCAAGGUUGAAGGCCAGCGACUGGUGUACCAGUUCAAGGAGAUGCCCAAAGACAUUGUGUUCAUUGACGAUGAGGUUGAUGAUGGUGUAGAUAAGGGGAAGAGACCUGCAGCAGCUGACAGCUCGACUCCAAAAAAGAGGAAGGGCAGAGUGUCUCCUGUGUUACCCUCACCUCCAGUCAUCAGUAUCUCCUCAGGAUCUGAAGGCGUCAUAUCAGUGCAACAGUCACCUGUUACCACGGCAUCAGCCACCAGGACGGUGAGGCUGGCUAUGCAGGUUCCGGUCCUCAUGACAACACCCCAGGGUCAAAAGGUCUCAACGGUAACCAUAAACUCACCCACUGGUACGUCUCCCUUGCUGACCACGGCCAGUACGGUUGCCGGUGGCUCCAGCACGGGGAAACUCCUGCUGCAGGCUGUGCCCACACUAGUGCCUGCACAGGGGCAGAACGGCGAGCGGAUCACCCUGCAGCUCAUCACCCUCCCAGCGGGCUCGGCCAAACCGGGCACCCCCAUCACGCUCCGCACACUCACACCCCUCACGGGCCCUGCCACUAGCACCCAGGUGCUCCAGCUAGCCAUGCCCGCCGGCGUGAGCACCUCCACGGCCACCCCUAUUCAGGACAGGAAGCCAGCCACGUCCAUACAGGACGUGAAGAUCAUCACAAUGGAGUCUUCUGAGACUGGUGUGGUCAAGAGGAUGGAGGUCCCAGCUGAAUACUCGCUCAACUGUGUACAUGCAGAUCUGGCUACCACGCAGAGCUGAGAUGUCAUUCACACGAGCAAACAGCUUCCUCUCUUCAGUAAUGCAUGAAAAUUAGGGGGAGAUUGUGAGUUCUCUUUUUGUAUUUGGAGAUAUGCACCACAGAAAGUCCAGGUGGCCUUUUAUCAUUGCAAAUCUGGUCAUCAGGUUGAAGACUUCAGUGAUGAUACCAGCACUACAGAUUACAUGCCACAACACUAUGAGUGAUAUUAAUCAGUCUUCUGCCUGAAUAUGUUUUGUUUUGGUUUUUUUAAAUACUUGUAGGUUUUGUUUUUUUUUUCCCUUCACCUCUUUGUAAAUGCGGCAGACCACCUGAACUGUGAGGUUAUGGCAGUGUGCUAUAUCUGGUGCUACGUACGGACUGAAACUGAGCGUGCAGGGAGAGCGCUCCAGCCUUCAUCAGUUCAGCCUCAGCAGUGGAGGGGACUCUGUACAUAAGCCGACUGGAUAUUCAUCCCGAACAAAACGUCAGACAAGAUUAUUCAUCCCCAGAUUCAAAAUUGUAGGAAUCUGAUUGUACUUUUUUCCUUGUGUAAAUAUGAAAAAUAACUUGUUUUGAUAUUUUCUACCCAGCAGUGUUUUGUUUUUUUUUUUACAGUUUGAAAAGCAGCCGUGUCGUUAGAAGGCUGAUAAAAUGUCACAGCCCUUAAUCAUUUCACUGUCUGCACUUAGAUGCCUUUCCUUUUUGGUGCAUUUACCCUCACUGCACCUGUUACCCAUGUCUUUCUCGUUAUUUCACCCUUGUGUAAAAAAACAAAAGGGAGAUAAAGCGUGUCUCUGUUUGGAUUAAGCUAUAUUGAAUAUUCAAUAUUUGAAGCAUAUAUUUUGUUGUACUCCUAUCCAAACUUGUACUCAAGUAGAUUUAAAUAUAGAGGACAUGAUUAUGCAAA